AUGGAAGCUGCAACAAGUUAUCCAGAAGAUCUAGCUAAGAUAAUAAAUAAAGGUGGCUACAAAAGGCAACAGGUUUUUAAUGUAAAUGAAUUAGUCUUUUAUUGGAAGAAAAUGACAUCUUGGGCUCUCAUAGCUAAGAAGUCAAUACCUAUCUUCAAAGCAUCAAAGAGAGGGGCUAACUCUUGCUUCAGGGGUCAGAGAAUACAUGUGCAGGUUCGUUACAUGAAUAUACUGCAGCAAAGGCAUUUUGCUGGUGCUGGCUCUGCUGGGGUCACCGUGGAGAUUGUCCAUGAUGACCUGCUGGGAUUUGCCCUCCAAGAGUGCCCCUCGGUCCUGGAAUACAAGGUGCAGGCUGGAAAUAGCUCCUUGUGCAACAUGCCUCCAUGUUUCAGCAUUUACGUCAUGGGCUUGGUCCUGGAGUGGAGUAAAAACAAUGGAGGUGUCACGGCCAUGGAGAAGCUUAGCUCCAUCAAAUCUCAAAUGAUUUAUGAGAUUAUUGAUAAUUCGCAAGGAUUCUACGUAUGUCCAGUGGGGCCCCAAAAUAUAAGCAAGAUGAAUAUUCCAUUCUGCAUUGGCAGUGCCAAAGGAGAUGAUGCUUUAGAAAAAAGAUUUCUUGAUAAAGCUCUUGAACUCAAUAUGUUGCCCUUGAUAGGGCAUAGGUCUGUGGGAGGCAUCCGGGCCUCUCUGUAUAAUGCUGUCAUGAUUGAAGAUGUUCAGAAGCUAGCCGCCUUCAUGAAAAACUUUUUGGAGAUACAUCAGCUAUGAACACAUCCUAACCAGGAUAUACUCUGUUCUUGAACAACAUGCAAAGUUUAAAGUAACUUGGGGA